AUGCCCAGGAACCUUUUCAGGGUCGACUCUGAGCCCGUCAGCGAACAGGAGGAACCAGAAACCUGGGGAAUAAAACACGAGGAACAAGGAGAGUUUAUUAAAAAAAGUGAGGAGAAUGAAGAAUUAAAUGAAGUUCAAGAGGAAAAUCAUGUCAAAACUGGAGCAAAACAUUUGAGUUGCUCUCAAACCAAACAGAAAGAUUUAAAGAAAAGAGGAGCCAAAACAUCUUUCACCUGCACUCAGUGUGGAAAGAGUUUGACAUGCAAAUAUAAUCUUGAUGUUCACUUGAGAGUUCAUACUGGAGAGAAACCAUUCACUUGUGAUCAGUGCAACAAGAGAUUCAGUCGGUCAGGAGACCUGAAGAAACACAAGUUAAUACACACUGGAGAAAAACCACACACAUGUGAUCAGUGUGGGAAGAGUUUUACACAAAAUGGAAGCCUUAAGGCACAUAUCAGAGUUCAUACAGGAGAGAAACGUUUCUUCUGUAUUCAAUGUGGAAAGGGUUUUUCACACUCAACACAUCUUAAGGUACACAUGAACAUUCACACUGGAGAGAAACCUUUCAAGUGUUCACACUGUGACAAGAGAUUAAGUCGGUCAGGAAACCUGAAGAAACACAUGUUAAUCCACACCGGAGAAAAACCACACACAUGUGAUCAGUGUGGGAAGAGUUUCAGACUAAAAGGAAUCCUUACAGCACAUAUGAGAGUUCAUACAGGAGGGAAACGUUUCUUCUGUAAUCAAUGUGAAAAGAGUUUUUCACUCUUAGCAAACCUUAAUGUACACAUGAAGAUCCACACUGGAGAGAAACCUUUUAAGUGUUCACACUGUGACAAGAGAUUCAAUCGGUCAGGACACCUGAAAAUACACGAGAGGAUCCACACUGGAGAGAAACCGUACACAUGUGGUCAGUGCGGGAAGAGUUUUGCAGGAAAAGGAAGUCUUAUGGCACAUAUGAGAGUUCAUACAGGAGAGAAACUGUACACAUGUGAUAUUUGUGGAAAGAGUUUGAAAUGCAAAUCUAGCCUUGAUGGUCACAUGAGAGUUCAUACUGGAGAGAAACCAUAUACUUGUGAUCAGUGCGGGAAGAGUUUCUCACAAUCAGUACAUUUUAAAGAACACAUGAGCAUCCACACUGGAGAAAAACCUUAUAAGUGUUCACAAUGUGACAAGAGAUUCAGUCGGUCAGGAGACCUGAAAAGACAUGAGAGGAUCCACACUGGAGAGAAACCGUAUCACUGCACUGAAUGUGGGAAGUGUUUCAGUCAGUCAUCUUCUCUACACAGUCAUACAAAAAACAUUCACACAGUAAGUAGAUCAUCUUCAGAUCCAGCACUUUCAGAUCUGAUGCUGCCUUUUCAUCAAACUUGAAACAGUAAUGCAUUAAGCAGUAUCAUCUGGAUUAAUCUGUUUUAUGAGAAAGAAACAUCUAAAGUUUUCACAGUGAAUAAAGUUAAUCAAAACCAGCAGAUGAACUCUGAGAUUCAGUUCAACUCAAAGAUGGAGAUCCUUCCCAAAGAACAAUGUCAAAAUGUUUUAUUAUAUCAUAUUGCUGCAUGAUAUUAAUGAUAUCACUGUGUUUUUUUAUGAGUUUCAUGUUAUUUUCAAUUAUCUUAUAAUGCAUGUGUCACUUGUAGUUUGCUUACUCUUUCGUGAAGUAGAAGCUUUUUACAAAUUGUUCUUGUUCGGGAAGCUGAAGAAGAGACUGUAAUACUUUAAGAGAGACUGAGAUUUAUUUAAAAAAUUGUUCUCUGUUGUUUUUAAAAUGACUGAAUUCUGCUUCAAAUGUAUUUUGGAAAUGCAGAUGCAAGAAAAACGGUCAUGUAGCCUUGUGAUUGCUCCUUCUUUGCUUCUCUUGUAAGUAGGAAUGGAAACCUAAACCUUUCGUAUUAAGCAAGUCCAGCGACAUUCGUCACUGAUGUGUUUGUUAUUUUGCAAUUCAGAAGUGAAAUCUCUUUUGUACUGUAGGUCUGCUUAAUCUAAUAUUAUUUUCGAUUGAGUUUGACUUCCAAGAAUUAUAAAAAUUAGAUGUUUGAGGUAAAGUGAUAUUUUAAAUAAAAUCUAAUGUUUC